AUGGCACCGGCCGUUCGAGCUGAGGUGGCCCUGGUCUCACUCAAAAACUGUCUGGUCAACCUCCCUCCAGGCCUUAUUGCCUUGAUCAGCAACACCAAUAUACCGGCUCAAAAUGUGGUUGUCGAACUGCAAUAUCGGUCACAGACUCUGUCAACGGGAGCCAUCUCGAGCGGGAACUCCGCUGGCUUCCAGAGGUCGGCUUAUGUUGGCUGGACAGGAAUGCCCAGCCGCACCAGGCCUGCCUCGAUGAUCAGCAACGACCGUGCUCGAGCGGGAGGUAGAGAGCAAGAGAGCCAGAUGGUUGAGAUUGAUGCGACAUUUGCCAAAGUACUCGGUCUAUCCGAAGGUCAGAAGAUUGGCAUCCUAAUCCACCUCGAUCCACCCGUCGCGCACAGUAUCAACAUUGAGCCUCUCACGCCGGCCGAUUGGGAAGUGAUAGAACUACACGCCACAUUCCUGGAACUGAAUCUGCUAUCCCAAAUUCGAGCACUUCCCAACCCUGCCUUCAGCAGCAAGGCUACGGUACAGGCCGAACAUAGUCACCCCUUGACGCUGCACUUAUCUCCAACAGCGACGGCCAACAUCAUUGUAACUUCAUUGGUUCCUCCCAUCCCGAGCACUUCGCCUUUUGCCAAGAUUGCUCCGGACGCUGAAGUGAUAGUCGCGCCGAAGACGCGACAGAGCGCGGGCCGGAGUGUCCGUGGUGAUUCGAGAAGCAUAGCAAGCAGACGCAGCGGCAAAAGUGGCGUUAGUAAUGCGCGAAGCUCCCACGCCCGCAGAGGACCUGUUAAGUCUGCCAUCUUUCUGCGUGGUCUCGACCGAGCAGCGGCAGAUGGAUUCUUCGAAGAAGAUACGGAAUCCACAUCUUCGCCCAACUCCAAGCUGUGUAUCUGGCUUAGCAAUGAUGUCAUUGCAGCAGAAGGCCUCCGGGCAGCCACAUGGGCGAACGUGACAAUUGUGAAGCCAGCAGGUCUGCGGGCCCAGCUCGAUGCGAACCAGGUCAACCAGCUGAAGGAGGAAGAAAGCAGCGAGGUUGGGAGACCGGCAUCCAAGCUUGUGGCCCGAGUAUUUCCAUGGCCAAACGCAGUCGACACCAGGCACGUGGUUUUGUCGUCCCCUCUCUGCAAAAUGCUCGGAGUCGAAGGCAUAGUGGGAGCCAUUGUCCGUGUCGAGGCUGCGACGCCUCCGCUUCCGCGAUACUCCAUCAAGAAGUUCCAGUUCUAUCCAUUCCUGCCUCUGAAUUCCAAAAAGAAAGAAGGCUUAAAAUUCGGCGGAGACUCCAAAGCUGCAAAACAAGCCCUAGCAGACAAACUUCGCCUCACAUUUGCAGGCGAUGAUGGCCUCCUUGCAGGUCCUAUCACUGACGGGAUGGUCCUUCCACCUGACGGCAACCCUUCUUCUCCUUCGUCAUUCGAUGGUGGGAUCAUACGCUUCCGUCGUCCGGCGUCAACAGACCAAAACAAUGAGGACCGCGGCGGCGACUCGUGCUUGUGGGUACACGGACAAGAGCAAGACCAGGAGUUUGAGAUCAAGUCCGAAGUCCCACGACCUGUGGAACUGACAGCCCUUUUUCCCACGUUCGCUCAUGGCAUCCCGUCGAAACUCCCUCACCUGGUCGGCACAGAGAGCAUUUUCAAGCAAUGCAUGUCGAACCUGUCAUUGUGUUCGUCAGUCCUUCUAACCGGUGGCACCGGGUCCGGCAAAACCUCGCUUGCCCAAUCUAUCUCGCAACGUCUUCGGGAAGACUACCUGUUCAACGUGACUUACUUUGCGUGUCAAAAGCUCGUGACGGACGAAACAAGGGUGUCGACAGUCAAAGAGACUCUGACGAGAUUAUUCAUGUCAGCAUCAUGGUGCGCCCGACUUGGCGGGCAGGCGGUAGUAGUUCUCGACGACCUAGACAAGAUCUGUCCCGUUGAAACGGAAUUGCAGGUUGGAAACGACAACGGACGCAGCCGGCAGAUCACCGAGAUCUUAUGCGCCAUUGUCAGACAAUACUGCAGCAUCCACUCCGGCGUGGCGUUGCUGGCGACCGCACAGUCCAAAGACUCUCUGAACAGCAUUAUCAUCGGCGGCCACAUCGUAGGCGACAUCAUCAGCAUCAAAGCCCCGACCAAAGAAGUCCGUCGCGACAUUCUGGCAUACCUGACCGACGACGGAUCGAACAACCCCCGAAACCGGCACAUGCGCAACAAUCUGAGCCAGGACAGCACGCAAAGCAUGUCCGAGACUUCGUGGAUGGACCCAUCGAAUCCAUCUUCGCGACCAGGAUCUUCUUCCUCAUCCGCACCCUUCUCUGCGUCCUCUUCAGGACCUGAAGGGUUCCGGCUUUCGCCCAGUCUGGAUCUUCUCGACAUAGCCGGCAAGACGGACGGCUACAUGCCGGCAGACCUAGUUCUACUAGUAUCCCGAGCGCGCAACGAAACCCUCACACGUCUCAUAAGCACCGCCGAAACUGAAACCGACAUGACAGUCAACGACAGCAACACGCCUCCGACACUGACCAAAGCCGACUUCGACGCCGCAUUGCACAACUUCACGCCCUCGUCACUGCGCAACGUGACCCUCACCCAUUCCAGCACGACAUUCGCGUCUAUCGGCGGCCUCAAAAGCACGCGCAACACCCUCCUCGAGACGCUCUUAUACCCGACCAAAUACGCGCCCAUUUUCGCACGGUCGCCACUCCGCCUGCGAUCCGGUAUAUUACUCUACGGCUACCCCGGGUGCGGGAAGACGUUACUCGCAUCCGCCGUCGCAGGCGAAUGCAAUCUAAAUUUCAUCAGCGUGAAAGGACCCGAGAUUCUCAACAAAUAUAUCGGCGCAUCUGAAAAAUCGGUACGCGACCUCUUCGAGCGGGCGCAAGCGGCCAAGCCGUGCGUUUUGUUCUUUGAUGAAUUCGACUCCAUUGCUCCCAAACGGGGCCACGACAGCACGGGCGUCACCGACCGCGUCGUCAACCAGAUGUUGACGCAAAUGGACGGCGCCGAAGGUCUCGAGGGCGUCUAUGUCCUGGCCGCAACCUCUCGGCCUGACCUGAUCGAUCCGGCCCUUUUGCGUCCGGGACGUCUCGACAAGAGUUUACUCUGCGACAUGCCCGACAUGGACGACCGUCUUGACAUUUUGAGGGCAGUCUGCUCGAAACUCCAUUUAGCUCCUGAGGUGGAUAACCGGUUACUUACUGUUGCUCAACGCACUGACGGGUUUAGUGGUGCCGAUCUCCAGGCUUUGAUGUAUAAUGCCCAUUUGGAGGCGAUUCACGAUCUACUUGGGGACAACAAUAAAGACCAAAAAGAUAAAGUUAAUGGGUCUACGAGUCAUUCAUCGUCUACCACCGCCGGCAACGGUCGCCGUCGCAAGCGUAAUUCUGCCGGUGGUGGAGGUGGAGCUGAUAAACACGAUUUCGUGCAGUUUCUCUACUCCCCUGAAGAAGAUGCUCGCGCGAAGAAACUCCUCACUUCCUCUGCAAUGGACUCGCGGGCAGCUAUUGCCGCCAAGCUCGACGAGUUGAAACUCGCGAGAAAACGGGAGAAGGAGCUUCUUCGCAACAGUCUGGCUCGUCGGUCCUCAUCUGUUGGAUAUACUGAUGGUACCACCAAAGAUGGAGACGUCGACAACGCCAUGACCGAACAAGUCGUCACCAUCGAGUGGAAACAUGUCGAAAAGUCCCUGGGCACAACAAAAAGUUCCAUCUCGCAUGACGAGCGGAGAAGGCUGGCUGCCAUUUAUCGGGAGUUCGUGGUCGGCCGGAACGGAGAAAUGCCAAACGGAGAGGGAAACAGGGAAGUCGGCGGACGAACGAGUCUGAUGUGA